GGAAAGUUCGGUAUUUUCUGACUUCUAUAUUUUGAGAGAGCCUCCAUAUUUUUACUCCUCUUGCUCUUGCCACCUCUGUCGCUUCAACUUUGAAGGUAAGUUAGAGCUCUCAAUCGGACACAAAAAUGGCUGACGAGGAUUAUGAUAUGGACGGAGGAUACGAGGAUGAGCCCAUAGAGCCCGAGCCUGAUGAAGGAGCAGAGGUGGAAGAAGAUAACGUCAACAAUGAGGAAGUGCCAGACCCCCGUUUGGGUGAAGGUGAGGAAAAACCAGAGCAGGAGCCUGAGGAGCGACCUCGGAAAACAUCCAAGUAUAUGACAAAAUAUGAACGUGCAAGAAUCCUGGGUACUCGAGCACUCCAGAUCAGCAUGAAUGCUCCUGUGAUGGUUGAGUUGGAGGGUGAAACUGAUCCGCUUGAGAUUGCAAUGAAAGAGCUCCGAGAAAAGAAGAUACCCUUCACAAUUCGUCGAUAUCUGCCAGAUGGAAGUUAUGAGGAUUGGGGAGUUGAUGAAUUGAUCGUUGAGGAUACAUGGAAGAGACAAGUCGGAGGAGCUUGAAACAUGUUUACAUGCUGUCUGAACUGCCUCUGCCUAUAGGCUCGUGAAGAACUGUUCGGUCGAUCAACUUAUCCUCUAUGAAAUCCCAAACUAGUUGUGCUUUGUGAACAACUAUUGAUGUAGAUAAAUGCUUGUGUACUCCCUGAAGAUAUUACUGUAGUCUUGGUUUUCACAUCUUUGUGUUUAAUAGACUGUGGCUUUUAGUUGGUAUCUUAAAAUGGUAUUCUGCCAUUGAUCUUCUAAGGAAAGCACAGGUGCUUACGCCUGCUGCUAUGGGACACGACAAGGAUUUUCUUGUCAAAGUAUACCAAGUUUCUAAAGUUUGUCUUAGAAUAGAACUUCUCAUAAUUGAACUUUAGACCUUCGGGUAUGAAAUUUGAAACUUUAGACCUUAGAUCUAAAGUUUGGUUGCAGUUUAAUUUCAGACCUCCAC